AUGGACGAUCCAAUUGAUCAGUCAGUAAAGGAAAUAGGACACAACAUAUCAUGCCUGCACAUCAACUCCGGCGCGCAGCUUGACGACGUUUUCAGGCUCAGGCACCUGUUUCCCUACUCAAAAUUUGUAAAUGAUAUGCGUGGACUGUCCCUAAAUCUAGGAAACUUCUUUUCGUCGUACGUGCCGCUGCUGGAUUCUUUUAUCAUCGGGCCCGGGAAACCUACCGUAUCUGACGCGACCCUGUCGUACGCCGAUAAGAUCCUGGUCGCCGACCUCCUCACCAUAGGCAAGUCAGACGACACACUCAACCGUUGGAAGCACCUCAAAAGGGACUUUUUAACGACCAAUGACCCCUUAGUGCACCGGGACAACGUGGUGUCUCUCGUCGACGCGCAUAACGAGCUCUUGCAGCAACUCGUGAACCGCAGUCUCGAAUUCCAUGCGCACGUCUCGAUAUUUGCCGCAGAGAAGCCGCACAAGCACUCCGAGGCGAACGUGCAUCUGAAGCUGGGAGUGAAAAAGGCAAAAACCAUCAAAGCUGGUACGCCACGCCUACAGCGGCAAUCACGGCUGACGUGGAAAAUGUCAUUGCCGGACUGGAAGGGUCUUCUAAACUGGACGCUGAAGCACGUCCCUGAGGAUUCCACAGGCAACACAAAACCCAUUGCCAAGGAGGACGUGGAAUUCCUGCAAAAGGCCAUGGAGAGCAUCCAUGACCACGACGACAAGGUGAAACGCGCCGCGCAGCUCAUCCAGCAGUCGGCCGCGCACGGUGCGGAAUACGACACAUCGCAACUGCUGGAGGCCUUCGACACCAUGGAGCAGUACUACGAGGAGCACCCCGGUAACGCGUCGUCGAUGCACCGGACGGGCAUGCUCGCGGCUGUCACCGAGCACGUCGGCCAGGGCAACCGCGAAGUGCUGCCAGCGGCGCUAUCGCUACUGACGACUACGCUAUCAAACAACGAGAAGGUGCAGGAGGAGGCGGCGAAGGGCCCGCUGAUGAUGCACCUGUUGCGACUGCGGCAGCAGGUCACCGGCACCCCGCUCGAGCCGAAGCUGAUAACCACCGUCGCGGCCGCCACCAGGCACUGCGUGAAGGCCGAGGAGCACUUCGUCCGAGUCGGGGGCAUGCAGUACAUCAGCCAGUGCACCGCGAGCAGCAACCUGAAGGUCAAGGAGAAGGCGGCGCUGCUCAUAUACCACUUCGUGAACCUGCAGAAGCUGGACAAGAGGGAGGCGCACAAGACGCAGCUCCUGAAGACGGUGCGCAACCUCAUGCCGCUCAACGUCGCAACCCAGGGUGAGCGGCAACUUCCCACGCCACAAAGCAGCGCAGGCAUACAGUACGCGGAGGUGUGCGUCAACCUCUUCGCCGCGGCCGUGCUCAAGUACCCGCAGUUGAUAGACCGGGCCGAGGCGAUGGGGCUGUGGCAGCAGCUGUCAAGCGCCAUCCAGAAGACGCCGGAGCUCGAGGACGCGAAAGGGACCUUGCAAGAGCUUCGCAGGGCGCUCGGGACGUGA